CUAUUAUAUUACUGAUUGUCUUUGCAGGGUGGUGGUGAGACUUAUGCUUCUCCACUAAGUGAACCUUUACCUUCGGGUGACACAUUACCCAUGGCGGGUACACCACUCUCAGUACAUCAUGAAUUACAGCUACUAAGAGAGCAGCUUGAGCAACAGCAGCAGCAAACUCAAGCAGCAGUCUCUCAAGUUCAUCUUUUGCGUGACCAAUUGGCAGCAGAGACUGCUGCAAGACUGGAGGCUCAGGCUCGUACCCAUCAACUCUUAGUUCACAAUAAAGAACUAUUAGAGCAUAUUCAAGCAUUAGUUCUUCAAGUUCGUGAUCUGGAGUUGAAGCUAGCAGGCAGUGGAGGCAUCACAGGGACUACGCACCUACUCCCAACACCACCCGAGAUAAAAUCACAGCUCUUGGUGACCGAUGCCAGCCCUGGCCACAGUAGCCAGUUAGCGGCAGCGUUGGAUCUUGGAGGUCCGGCAUCCCUCCUGUACUGCUCCCCUGAACCCCCACCCACACCCUCGCCUGGCAUAGCUCAACGUACUUUCCUUUUCCCAUCACAUUCAUCCCCAGUCAGUUCUGCAACCUCCCUUCUAGGGGCUUAUCAGCCACCUAUUGGACCCCAGUAUGAAUCCAGCUCUGUUUCUCACUCAUGUGAACCCUCGCCUCGGACAACAAAGAUGGGAACAUUAAUACACCCUUUACCUGUGUGGGGAAGUGAGGGAUUCAUUGCUGGGGGAGUAACCCUGGCUGUGCCCCAACAGGAACCACUCAUGAAUCCUAAGCUGCAAGGAGUUCCACGGCCCCGGGCAGGUCAACGCUACGACGAGUGCAGCAGUACACUUUCCCUCAGCAGCGAGAGUGAUCCUAAACGAGAUAGCAGUGGUCAGUCUUCAGGAGAAAGUGUUACACAGGCUGUGGCUCAGCUCUACUCCAUGGAAACUCAACGUUUGGCACAAGUACCAGAAGAUGCUGUUACUUUUGGUCUUUAUGGGCCUACACCACUUGGCACACCCCGCAACCUGAAUGGACCCAUCACACGUACUGCUAGUGAGCGAGUUUCCCGACAGGAAACAUUGGCUCAACUGCAACGUAUGGCAUGGGCUAGACAUACCACCAAGUGAAACAUAUACUAGGCUUCAUCUGGAUAAUUAAAAACUUUUUAAUUAACUGUUCCAAACUAGUGCCCAGUACAGUACUAAGUGUAUCAGACUAUUCCAUACAAGGAAAAUGCAUUUCCUUGAAAUGGUAAACUACUGUAUGCUGUUAAAUACAUUUCCAUUAAAAAUAUAUAUGUACAUUGAAUCUUUUUUAAAAAGUGAACAGUGAUACAUUCUGUGCAGAUUUCACAAACUCAGUGAUAAAUUUAAUAAAUAGGGGUGAAGCGCUCCAUGUCAUACACGUGUGUACGGUUGUUAAAGUGGGUCAGCCUGCUGUGCAUGAAUGAGUGUGAGCACCAAAUACACCCACACCCUUCAAAACCUGUGAUACAGUCGAGUGUCCCUUGAGUGUUUGUAACUCUUCAGGCAUACAAAACUUAGUCUGAAGCCCAUAGUAUGAAACAAGAUAUCGUGGCUGCUUACCUCUUGAACAAAUUUCAGGACAUAAAAUUUCCAGUAACAGUGAUAAGUUAUAGAUAAUGUAACAGUUGUGUUUGAUUAAAAUGGCAGUCAUUUCUUACUUAUAGGUAGCCACUUGUUUAGUUUUGUUAAAAAUAAGUAUGAUUUUUAGGUAUUUAAUCUAGUUUUAGCAAUUGUAAUUAAAUCUCCACUAAUAGAGAGUGAAUCUCACUGGAGCCUAUUUGAGGUUCAAAGUGUGGAAACUCCUGGGACGUAGAAAUUGUUUGUAGCUGUGGGCUCCUUUCUGCGAGUCACCUAAGGAUUGUUCAGAGUUGAUGUCAUACUCAUGUCAUAUCACCUGUGUUGCCAGAUGAGAAUCAUUGUAAAGGUCACAUCUUCUAUAGUCAUGCAUUUGGCAAUACUGUAUAUCACCAACCUGAGACAUUUUUCCUAACUCCAUAUUCCUUUGUAUAUAGAUCCAGUCUAGAGUAAGACACCUGUUCUGUAUAUUUUUAUGUACACUUCAGAACUAGGCAAGAAGACAAAUCAUACCAGUAAAUACUGUAUGUAGCCUUAAGGAUCUGGAAUCUCAAGUGACACGUAUGUUAUAUAGAAUACAAUGACCUUCAUUUUGUUGUUUCAAUACACUGCUAGUGGUUUAUCAUUAGUCUGAAUUCUGGUGUAGAUUUUCCUGUAAAAAUCAUUCGUUCUAAUUUCAGUGUAUGUUACAGUCAUCCUGUUGACAGUAUUGAUGACUAUUUUGUUACAGUGCCAAUUUUAGUGCCAAGACAGGUUGUGUGACCAGAACUACUGUAUUUCAGUAAGAAGUAUUAUUAUUCAUAUUAUCUCACAUGCACCAACAUGGCUAAUUGCUGGUGUCCAGAUUGCAUGUCAUAAUUUUUUUAUACUAAGAAACACAAGUCCAACAUUCAAAAUUCUUAAAAUAAAAUAUGAAUUUAGAGUACCUCUCUGUUUUGCUUAUUGUAUUGCAGUUCUUUCCAGUAUUGUAGGUAAUGCAGUAAAAAUUAUUAUUUAUUAUUAUAAUCAAGGGGGAAGCGCUAAACCCGGAGGAUUAUACAGCACCUGGGGGGGGGAUGUGGAAGGCAUUCAGGCUUAAUUUGGGGAACUGGAGCACAGAUCCAAUUCCCUAAAUCAAGAGCCCCUCACCAACAUCAAGGAACCUUCCUUGAGGGGAAUGCAGUAAAAAAUUAUUGAUUUUAAAUGUUAAUUUUUAAAUUCUGUACAUCAGUAUACAGGAAGCUGUUUUGUGAAAUCAGUAUAGUAUUUGUUAAUCUAAAAAUUUUUAUAUAGAAUACCCCUGCAUAUAAUUCAGUUUAAAUAAUGUUGAGUAUCAUAUAUACAUUAUUUUUAGAAUUUGUGAAUACAGUUUAAAAUAAUUGAAUUGAUUAAAUGUUUAAAUAAAAACAUAGUAAGCUGACCACCUGCAGCUAGGCAUGUUAAAAUUCUUGUGUUAGUGUUUCAUCACUUCAUACUAGUCUAAAAUUGGCUUUUAGCAGCUGCUCUCUGUCUCCAAUAAACAACAAUGAUAACAUAAGCAUAGAGGGAUCAGAAUGCUCAUUGAGAUUACAACCGAUUAUCUUUUACACUCCUACUGGUUUAGGAGUGUCUAGAAGAGAUUGUGCUGUUUAUUAGUUAUGUAAGUAUAUAAAAGUUAUAUUUGGGAGGAAGAUGGUUGCAUCAGGCACAAACUAAUGCCAUCCAUAUAUGUGACAUGACCAUUUAGUUCAAUUUGAGCUUAUAUCAAUCAGAUUAGCUUUUGCUUCGCUAGUAGUCAAAUAGUAAAUCCUAUUGUAUCCUCUGGUUAAGAUCAUAACCAAUGUUCUUGUUCCAAAACUAGUUGAAGUGUAUUUCCUUAAGUAGGUUAUAUUGGAAUGAUUAUGAUUGUGGAUGUUACUCUCUUGUUAAGAAAUACAGGUAAGCACGAUCUUAGAAUUCAUAUUUAUUCCACUUCAUCCCAGUAGAAAAGUCUCAGUAUUGCUGCUUGAGUCACAUUUAGAAACCAGAACCUCUAGUUUAUGUACAAAUACACUGUUGUGUAGAUUCAGCCCUUUUUCUUUAACAAUGCUUAUAAAUUAUAAAAGAUUUGCAAAUAAUUAUCUUUAACAUAAUGAAACAACUGAAUUGCUGGACUUCAGUGUUGUUUUAGAAUUUGGGCAAUUGUCAUUGAGAUGUACUUAAGUUUUUAUCCAUCUGUCCUUCAAUAAAAUUAUUUCCAGAGA